AUCCAAUUUAAAGUUCUGAGAGGACACAGCAAUACUGUGAGCUCCUGCCAUUUUUGCUUUGAAGACACGAAAAUACUAUGCUGUUAUGAUAGAACAGUGAAGCUCUGGAAUGUUGAGAAAGGUUUUCCUAUUCAAGUUUUUGAAAAAGAACACACCGCCCCAAUUUCUGAGUGCAACUUUACUCCUGAUGACAGAAGAGUGGUAACAUCAUCAUAUGAUAACACUGUCAAGGCUUGGGAUAUGGAAACAGGAAAAAUACUUCGGACAGUAGAACAUGAAGGCAUUGUAACUUCAUGUAAUAUUUCUUGUGAUAGUAGAUAUGUGGUAUCUGGUUCAGACAAAGAAAAUGAAAAUACCAUAUAUGUUUUUGAUACAAUAAGUGCAACAGUAGUGACACAUAUCCAAGGGCAUCACAAAAGUACAAUCACAAGAUGUUGUUUUGACCCUGAUAACCAAAGAGUGACUUCAGCAUCAUAUAAGACCGUAAAGCUAUGGGAUAUGAUAACAUGAUCCUCCUCAAUUACAAUUAAUGAGGGACACAACAAUGCUAUCUCAGAUUGCUGCUUUACCUCUGAUGGUCAUUACUUGUGCACAGCAUCCUGGGACAAAAGCUUAAAAAUAUGGGAUAUAAAGACAGGAGAAUUUCGGUGUCAUGAACUCAUUUCCUUGAACCAAGGACAUGAGGGUUCUGUUAGUUCCUGCCUUUUUAGCCAAAAUGCUAAAACAUAGUAUUCUGAUUUUGCACUUGUGUCUUGUGGAUAUGACAAAACUAUAGCUAUAUGGGAUACAGAUGCAGGCUAUAAAAAGCUAAGCUUAAAGGGUCAUUGGGACUGGGUGACAGCUGUUGCGAUUAGCAAAAACAAGAAAUGGAUUCUUUCAGCCUCCAAGGAUUCUGCUUUGAGAUUGUGGAAUAUUGAAAAGAUGGAUGAUAUUCCUUCAGUGACAGAAAUCAGAAAAGCAAGAGGCUCAAAAAUUGCUCAGUGUGAAGAAUGUGAAAAACCUUUCUUAUGCCUGCAACGUAGCAGCUCUGGAACGAUAUCCAAGAGUGUAUUCCGUUGUCUGUUGUCUCCAGUGAGAAAAAUUUGGCCAUUGCCACUUUCUGUUUUGCCUGAUCUUUAA